AUGUUUAUAUUAGUUGUGAAUAUUCUGGACUGGAUGAAGAACAAAAGACUUGAUAUAAGUGAUCAGCUGAUCUCUGGGAUUAGUCUUAUUCUUCUUAUUCACCGAUUCCUUCUAGUAAUUGUUCACUUUAUUGUGAUAACUAAGGAAAACCAUGCAAAUGUACUCAAUGUUCUCUCCAUUACUCUUUUGUAUCUGUCUCUAAUGUUAUGCACUUUACUCUUCUCCACAUGGCUCGCCAUUCACUUUUGCCUGAAGAUUGUGAAUAUAAACCACAAACUCUAUAUUUAUAUUCAGCGUAAGUUCCCCAAGAUGUUUCCAUGGAUCCUUCUUCUGUCCAUCGUUGCGUCAUUUCUUGUAAGUUCUCCGGCUGCACUGAGGUUGUCACAUGAACCAUCUCUAAACUCCACACAAUCUCUACAGGAUCCAGACUUUAUAGACUUAGAUCUUUUAUUUUAUGCACCUUAUAUUGUGUUUUCUUCUUUUUGUCUUCUACUGUUUUCUGGUUCGGCUCUGAAUAUAGUUUUAUCUCUAUAUAGACACAUCAAACAGAUCCAUAAUAACAAUGUACAACUUAGCGCUCAGAUUGUUCAGGCUCACGUCACUGCUAUGAAAACAAUUCUCUCUUUACUCGCUUAUAAUCUUUUCUUUAUUGCUCUUUUGGCUUCUUUAAUUGUACGACUUGUUUUUAAACGCUAG